ACAACUCCAAUGUCACAGUGACGUGUACAAUUUUCUACAAAUGACUUAUUGAUUCCAAAACCUUAUGAAUUAAUUUAAUAAAUUGAAAGAAUACAACUUAUUUAAGCAUGUCGAAUAAAAGCAAAUCUUCAGACGGGAGCAAUAAGCUGAAAGUGGUUGAGUCAGCGUGGAAAAGAGCGUUAAUUGCGAACGCAGAAUGGCCGGAUAAGGAAGAGUUCCUAGACGUUAUUUACUGGAUGCGUCAGGCUAUGGGCAUUGUAUUGGGACUGGUUUGGGGUCUUCUACCAUUGAAAGGAUUCCUUGGUUUAUUACUAUUUGUAAUAGUGAAUGCAGCAGUGAUAUACUUUUAUGUGAAUAAUUUCCAAAACAUUGAUGAAGAGGAGUAUGGUGGUAUGUGGGAGAUAACAAAGGAAGGAUUUAUGACAUCGUUUGCGGGAUUUUUGGUUACAUGGAUCAUCAUCUACACAGGGCUACACAUUGCAGAAACAUUAUGAGACACAAAGUAAUCCUCAAAAGUGCUACAAUAUCUCGAGACUUGCAAGAGAGAGUCCUAGUACAAAUAUUACGAGAACAAACUGUU